CAUCAAAAUGGCUUCCAACUAUAAUCGUGUCCUUCUCUUUCUCUUCAUCUCCUUUCUCUCUCUCCUCCAAAUCAACUCAUGCAUGGCCCGAAACGUCAAAGGGGGCUAUUGGUUCCCGGACAGCGGCAUCACAGCCUCCGACAUCGAUUCAACCCUCUUCACUCAUCUCUUCUGCGCGUUCGCUGACCUCAAUGCAUCGACAAACCGGGUAGUCAUAUCGUCGUCGAACGCCCAGUCUUUCGCAGCCUUCACUGGGGACGUCCAGCGGAAGAACCCAUCGGUCGUAACCCUCCUAUCCAUUGGCGGUGGCAGCUCGAACGCGGCUGACUUUGCGUUCAUGGCGAGCCAGUCUAGCUUCCGAAAGUCUUUCAUUGAUUCCUCCAUAGCCCUAUCUCGGUCCAACGGCUUCCAUGGCCUCGAUCUUAAUUGGGUAUUCCCAGAUACCGACGAGGACAUGGCCAACUUGGGGUUGGUCCUCCAGGAGUGGCGGGCUGCGGUAGCUGCUGAGGCUGCCAGCUCGCGUGGUAACGCUUUGCUUUUGUCGGCAGCAGUAUAUUACUCGCCACACUACUGGACUAACACAAAUUAUCCUGUGGCUGUCAUGGCGGCGACCUUGGAUUGGAUCAAUGCGAUGGCCUAUGAUUUCUAUGCAUCUGGUUGGUCCAAUACCACAGGACCACUUGCUGCUCUCUACAAUCCAGGGAAUGACUUAAGUGGAGAUGACGGGGUGAGUCAGUGGAUUCGGGCCGGUAUGCCGGCGAAGCAGAUUGUGCUUGGCAUCCCAUUCUACGGCAGCGCAUACGCUCUUACGGAUGCCAACGACCACGGCUACUUCGCCCCCACCAAUAGGCUUGCGACAUAUUUCUCCGUGGGGCCGAUCAAGUACAAUCAAAUCACGAAGUACAUAUCCCAAAACAACGCUACCGUGGUGCACAACUCCAGGAUCGUGUCUGCCCAUUGCUAUUCUGGGAAGACAUGGAUUAGCUAUGAUAAUACACAAACUAUCUCUACCAAGGCGGCGUACGCCAUGCAAGAAGGACUUAAAGGUUACUAUGCAUGGGAUGUUGCUGGUGAUGACAAUUGGGUUCUCUCUCAAGCAGCUCAAAAGGCCAGUGAAGAUCAGCAACACAGGCGAUGGCUCUGGCCAGUUAUUUCGAUUGCUGUGGUUGUUCUCGUUAUAUUUGGCCUGAUUUGCUACUUACAAAGGCGAACAUUGAAAUCAAAAGCUAUUUUGGGUGUCAUGAAAGGAUUUAGUAGCCGAUUAAAGACCAGGGUGGGUAAAGGUGAAAGUCUUGAGAGUGGUACUCCUAAUCUGCAAACAUUUGGUUAUGUCACCCUCCAAGCAGCAACUGAUGACUUCUCAAGUGAAAAUAAGCUUGGACAGGGUGGAUUUGGACCUGUUUACAAGGGAAAGUUGCCCAAAGGACAGUACAUUGCAGUGAAGAGACUUUCGAAAACUUCAAACCAAGGGUUCGAGGAGUUCAAGAACGAAGUUAUGCUCACUGCCAGACUGCAGCAUGUCAACCUUGUUCGCCUUCUUGGAUUUUGUACCGACAGGGAAGAAAAGAUGUUGAUCUAUGAGUACAUGCCAAAUAAGAGCUUGGACUUAUAUCUAUUUGAUCCAAUAAGGAAAUAUUCGUUGGAUUGGGUGAAACGUGUUCACAUCAUAGAAGGCAUCACACAGGGGCUUCUUUAUCUCCAAGAAUACUCGAAUUUCACAAUAAUUCAUCGAGACUUGAAAGCCAGCAAUGUUCUGCUGGAUGAUGAAAUGAACCCCAAGAUAUCAGAUUUUGGUCUGGCGAGAAUAUUUAGGAGGGAUGACAUUGAGGCAAAUACCAAUCGAAUCGUCGGGACUUAUGGGUAUGUUCCCCCAGAAUACGUGAGGAAAGGCAUAUACUCGACGAAGUAUGACAUCUACAGCUUUGGGGUACUGUUGUUGCAAAUUAUCAGUGGUAAAAAGAACUCAUGUUGCUACGGCCUAAAUGAAAAUCUGAAUCUUCUCGAAUAUGCAUAUGAGCUGUGGAAAGACAAUAAAUGCAUGGAUUUUAUUGACCCUUCUUUGGAUGACUCUUCAUCAUCUUGUAAGCUCAUGAGAUGCAUGCAAGUGGCUCUUCUAUGCGUGCAAGCGAAGCCUGGGGACAGACCCUCCAUGUUGGAAGUCUCUUCAAUGCUCAAGAAUGAAUCUUCAGCUGUGAACUCCCCCAAGAAGCCUGCAUUUUCAACUAACGAGGAUGAAGAUGAGGAUGGCGAGUGCUUGAUCAGAGAAGCAAUUCAUUCGGUCAAUGAUGCAUCAAUUUCUGAAUUGUGUCCUCGCUGACUAUGCAUUGCAGGUGUACAAUGCUGAGAAUACUAAUACCAUGAGAGAAUUUUUUGUUAACUUACUGGUUGCCCUGUAGUUCGUUUGUCCCAGUGGCAUUAUUUUCCCAAUUAAUUCUAAUAGUUUUAGACGUCUAUAUAUUUUUAUCAUCUAGAGGCAGUUCAAGUAUUCCUUCUUUUGUCUUGUAACCUUUUAAGGGAAAAAUAACCCAAAAAAAAGGUCCUAAAACUAUUUCAUUGGUUCUAAUUUUGUCAUAAAUAUUUCAAUUGGACAAA